AAAAAUAUACGAAAUAAAUUACAAAAAUAGUAAAAGUGAUUUAUAUAAAACCUGACAGAGGGAGAUUGUUCUUACACAUUAUUAUAAAUUUAAAACGGAAAUGUAUAAUAUUAAUAUUCCUACUAUGAUUCAUCUAAUGAAUGAUGUGCAGAUUAAUUAAAAUGAACACGUUUAAUAUAAUGUAUCAAACUUAAAAACUUACCCUGCAGUGGUGGCAAUAUUGCAGCAAAUUCAAUUGACACUUGAAUUAAAUACUAGUUUCAAUUUUUUUAUUCUCAAAUGAAGUACAUCAAGCAUAUUACAUUUUUAGUACAUCCUAUGGCUACUAUGUGUUAUAUAUUUUGUUACAUAUAAUUCUAAAUAUGAAUUGUAUGUAUUUUAUAUUAUAAUUUGGACUUAUAACAGAAUAUGUUAUUUAUCAUGUUCUACACAAAUCAUUUCAAUGUUCAAAAAUAUGAAUACUACACAUGAAGUAGUAGUAAGAGUCCUAAUACGCCCUAUAACUCAAUUAAAGAUAUUGUUAUCGCUAGUCUCAAAACCAAGAUUACUUUUUCUUACAAAAUAUGUGAGAACAUAAAAUAAUAAGAAAAUUAUGUUAUUAGGGAGUUAUUACACAAAGCACAUAAUUAAAAAACUUGUUUAAAAAUAACAUAUAAAUAUAUAAUAAGGAGGUAUUCUUUCACGUACUGAAAGUUAAAACAUAAAAAUAAUAAUGAUUUUAUCAAUGCAACUUACUUGGUCACAUGCAAAUUAUAAUAACGCAAAAAUGUUGUGAUGUUGGGCAUUACUGCCGUGAAUAUGUAAUAAACAGUGAGCUUGUUAAUUUACGGCAAAAGUAAAGAUUUUCAAUAAUGACGAGUUUAUCAACUAAAAAGGAUUAAAUAGCUACAUAUAUAGACUAGUUAGAAAGAAAAGCAAAAACUCAUCGGCUGGUGCCAUAAAGGAAGUAAACUACUCAAUUCGCAGCAGUUGAAAUAAGAUUAAUGUAUGAUGGAGACCGUAAUAUCAGAAGGAGUGUCAGACAUGACAUCAUUUGUAGAGAUUGAUGAAAUUGGAAUAAACAAAAAUCUUAAAAUACGAUAUGACAAUGAUAUAAUAUAUACUUAUACCGGAUCUAUUUUAGUUACAGUAAAUCCUUACAAAAAGCUCGAAAUAUUUAACAAGGAACAUGUAUUGAAAUACUACGGACAAAAAAUGGGAGUUAUGGAACCUCAUGUGUUUGCAAUAGCUGAAGCAGCAUACAGAAACAUAGUAGAAGAUGACGUUAGUCAGUCUUGCGUUAUUUCGGGAGAAUCGGGUGCGGGCAAAACUGAAACUACAAAGUUUAUUCUUCAAUAUUUAUGUGCUGUAACUUCAAAUAUUUCAACGUGGAUACAACAACAAAUUCUAGAAGCCAAUAUAAUAUUGGAAGCAUUUGGAAAUGCAAAAACUGUAAGAAAUGAUAACAGUUCGAGGUUUGGAAAGUUUAUGAGAGUAUGCUUUGAUUCAAAACAUUCCAUAAAAGGGUGUAUCAUUCAGGAUUAUUUAUUAGAACAAUCACGAAUAACUUUUCAAACUCCUGGAGAGCGAAAUUAUCACGUCUUCUAUCAACUAGUAGCACAUGGUGAAAUAAAUCAAGAAAUAGCAAAGACUUUCUACUUAAAAGAGGCGCCUUUUUAUCAAUAUUUAAAUACUUCUGAAAAUACAAAUAUUGACUUAGAUCCAGAAGCUAAAAAAUUUGAAGCUCUAAAAAUGGCAUUUACUGUGUUACAAAUAUCGCAAUCAUCAAUUGAUGGAAUUUUUAAAGUUUUAAGCGCAAUAUUAUGGCUGGGUAAUCUUAGUUUCUUAGAUAUUGAUGGUGAACGCUGCGAACUUCUACCUGCAGAUGAAGAAAUAUGCUGUACUGUAUCAAAACUAUUAGAAUUAGAUUUUAAAGAUUUAACGCAAGUUUUAUUACGUCGGCAAAUUAACGUUCGUGGAAAUAUAACAGAAAUUCCUUUAAAACUGCAAGAGGCAUGCGAGAACCGACACUCUAUGGCAAAAGCAUUGUACUCAAAAACAUUUUCAUGGCUUGUAAAUCAAAUAAAUAGUUGUAUAAAUCCUGGACAAGAUAAGAAACAAUUUCUAGGAAUUUUGGAUAUAUUUGGAUUUGAAAACUUUUUAAAAAACUCCUUUGAACAACUUUGCAUUAACUACACAAAUGAAAAACUACAUAAAUUCUUUAAUCAUUAUGUUUUCGACUUAGAACAACAAAUAUACAAGCAGGAGGAAAUUUCGUAUACAUAUAUUGAAUUCACCGACAACUCUUUAUGCUUGGAACUGAUUGAAAAACCUCCACGAUGUAUUUUGAAAAUAUUAACAGAGCAAUGCCACAUGCCAAAAGGUUCCGAUUUAGCAUAUUUAAACAACUUACAUGCUGAGUUUGAAUAUAAUCCAUGUUACGUAAAAGGAGUUGAUAAAAGGCAUUGGGAAACGGAAUUUGGAAUCAAACAUUACGCUGGAUGUGUAAUUUAUGCUGUUGAAGGCUUUGUAAAUAAAAAUCGGGAUGUACAGCAAGAUGUUUUAUUUUAUUAUAUGAGCAAAAGCGAAAACUUAUUCAUGCGAGAAAUUUCUCAAUAUCAGGAAAAUCAAGUCUUGCAACCACAACUGACUGCAACAUUUCAAAGAGGAACGUCAAAAACCAAAUGCACUGUUAGUGAUACUUUUAGACAACAGCUACAAACUCUAAUUGAUGUUCUUCAAAGUACCAAACCAUGGUAUGUUCGUUGUAUAAAACCAAAUGCAGAUAAGCUUGCUAACACAUACAAUGAAACCUUAGUACUUGAUCAGUUGAAAUACCUAGGUAUGUUGGAUAUAAUCAGAAUUCGGAGAGAGGGAUUUCCAAUUCAUCUUCAAUUAGAGCAGUUUAUACAAAAAUUUAAGUGUUUACUAAAAAAAACGAAAUCAAUCAAUAGUUCCGAAGCUAUACCUAAUAUAAUGAAUACCCUAAAUAUUUCAAGAAAUGAUUGGCAAAUCGGAAAGACUAAAGUUUUUCUUCGUUCGAAGGCUUACGAAUCGCUGGAGGUUUUAAGAAGAGAAGUGGUGGACAAAAAUGCUUUGCUUAUACAAAAGAAUUUACGUUCUUUUGUUCAAUAUAAAAAAUAUAAAUUACUUAGAAAUUCUGUUUUAGUUCUUCAACAUGCUUUCAGAGGAUGGAAGUUACGAAUAAUGUUUUUGCAGAUGAGACGAGCAGCUAUUGUAAUACAAAGCCAUUUACGUGGUGUAUUUGCGAGAGAGGUUGCAUCCGCACUCCGUGAAAUGAAGCGUGUUAACGACGAGAUGAAAAAGAGGAAAAAAGUUAUUUGUAGUGAUAAUUCAAAUAGCAAUGAUAGUCCAGCUAAAGUUCUGGAGGAUUGUGAAAGGUUGGUGCAGGAAGAAAUCACCGUUUUGUCUCAAAUGGCUGAACAAAUAUCAACUGGCAUACCGAAAACGAAUUUAUCGAAAAAUAGUUUUUUCCAGAAUGGAAAUGGAACUCAAUUCGCAACAGAUAGUGAUCAUAAUCAGUACAAUAAUGAAUCUGUAGAGCUAGAUAACUUGUUCGCAUUUUUAAGCGAUAUAACGCCAAACUCUGCCGUAAAUCCUCUUUUAGAAGAAAUUAAUAAUAAAAUGGAUUCUUUGGUUCAAGAUCUUGAUGAUGAGAUUGAAAAUUCAGGCUAUUCAAAUAAUGUGGAUCAUGACGCAGAAGGAGAAAACUUAUUUAACAACAUCUCUAACAAAGGCAUUCCAUCGCUUCCAGAACCAACAGUUCCGCCACCACCACCGCCAACAGAGAAUAGCAAACAUGUUUCUAAUACAAACAUUAAUCAGUCUGACUUAAAAGUAAAACCAGAACCAAUAUAUGAAGCUGUUUUACUGAAUAUGCCUUCAAACAAAUCACCCAACGUUUCUGAGUCUACUUUAGAAACGAACUAUGAUAAUACUAGUUCAAAAGCAGGACCAAAAUGUUCAAAUAUAUGUACUAAUAACAUAAACGUGGACGCAUCUGGGGAAAGAGAACAGCGACGAAAAUAUAGAGUUGAAAAAAAAUUACAAGAAAUGCAACAAAAUUUAUUAGUAGAACAAAAGGACAGUUCUAACAACGAAGUUUAUUUCGAUAUCUUAGAAUUUGCAGACAAUUAUUUUAAUACACAUGAGCGUAGUCCUGAAGGUACACUUAUUGCGACGCUUACUCGUAAGGGAAAAAAAAUUGACGCCCUGACGAAGAGUGAUAUGAUUUCUUUCUUAAAGGGAGAAAAAAUUCCAUCUUCACAUAUACAUAUGUAUGAUCCAGAAAAUGUGAUGAUAGCUUGCAACAUAUUUCGCGAACUUUGUAAAUAUAUGCGAGGUGAACUAAGUGCCGAACGUGAACUUCAAACAAUUCAGUAUAUAAUUGGAAUUGGGAUUGAAAGAGAAGAAUUGCGUGACGAAAUAUUUGUACAGUGUAUACGUCAAACAACAAAUAAUCCAAAUAGAGAAUGGAGUGAUAGACUUUGGUUAAUUCUAUGCCUAUUAAUUGUUGCAUUUCAACCUACUAAAUUGCUAUUUCGAUACUUCGUUUCCUACCUUAAAAAAAAUUUGGUAAUUUUGGAUGGAAAAUUACGGCAAUACGCGCAAUGGUGUUUCGAUAAUUGCAAAUGUACCAAAGUAUCACCACGACUAUAUCCUCCAUCUAGUGUUGAGGUUGCAGCUAUGAGACGGCUGGGAACAAUUGUGUGCCGGUUUUUUUUCUUAGAUGGGCGAACUAAGGCUAUUGAUGUGCAUCCUACAGACACUGCUGGUGAUGCCAUCCUAAAGUUAGCCGAGAAGCUUGGUUUAAGUAAUACGGAAGGUUGGGCAAUAUUUCAAUCAAGGCCAGAUGGCGAUGAACAUAUAAAAUCUUAUGAUUACUUGUAUGACAUUAUUGCGGCAUGGGAGAGUAAACAAGUUAAAUCACAAACUUCAGUAACAGCAAGACUUCAGAAUAACAAUAAUUCACCGGCCGAAAAUAGGUUUGUUUUUAAAAAACGUUUAUUUAAAACCACACGCGAACUUUCUCAGGAUCCAGUAGAAGUGAAUAUGCUUUAUGCACAAGCUGUUUAUAGUGUUGUUAGGUGUGACGAAUUUCCAGUUAGUGAAAAAGUUGCUCUUCAAUUAGCAGGCCUGCAAGCUCAAGUAGCUUUGGGAGAUCCAUCAAAUCAACCAAAACCUGAUUUCUAUUCCGAUAUUAACAAUUUUCUUCCAGAGCGAAUAUCAAAAACAAGAGAGCGUCAAUUUUGGAUUCCAAUAUUGGCUCAAGCUCAUAGACAAUAUGGAGCCUCUAGAAACGAUUUAACAGCAAAAGUUUUAUAUCUGAGUUGUGUAAUGCAAUAUCCGUUGUAUGGCACAACUAUGUUUAAUGUUACAUACAAAGGAUAUUGGACUUUUGGAAAUAAUAUAAUAUUAGGAAUAAAUAGCGAAGGGAUUCUGUUCAUUCAACCAGAUGAUAAAUUCGUGUUAUAUCAUUUUAAAUAUACUGAAAUUGAAUCAAUUAUGUUAGAUCCAAGUGAUUCUUUUAUUACGUUUACUGUUAAUGGUGCUUCUGGACAACAAAUACAAGACUCAAAUUAUCGAUUAAAAACAUUUUGCUCAACAGAAAUUCAAAGGUGUUUCGUUUUUGAAACUGUGCAAAAAAAUGAAAUAGGUUCUUUAAUAGUAUCCUAUUGUCCAGCAUUAUCAAACUGGAUUUUGAAUUGUGAAAGUUUGAAGAAAACGAAAGGAGUUACACCUGAAGAUCGCUCACGAUUAUAUCAAAAUGUAAUCUUAUGUCGCCGACAACUUAUUGAUUUGGAAGUUGUAAAGAAGCCGCACGAAACUGGUGGAUUUUUAAGAAAUACUCUAAGAAGGUUGUCAAAACAUAGGCUAGAAAAAUUAAGAGCAGAACAAAGAAACAGCUUACAAGAACAUGGCGAAACAUAUAAAGGUUUUUCACAUUCUUUUUGGGCAUUUAGUAGACAGCCACUACCACAAUGCUUAAGUAAACUAAGUGAUCAAGAAGAGUCAAUAAUGCUUCAAAUAUUUCAAACUAUUCUAACCUAUGCUGGCCUUGGAAAUUCGGGUGAAGUUGUUCAAAAAGCAGAAAACGAUCAUAUUAUUAUUUUACAGUCCAUAUUAGAUAAAUGUAUGCGCAAAGAAUCAUUAAUAAAUGAAUUAUAUCUUCAAUUAAUUAAACAAACUACGGAUCACCCAGACCCUAACUCAAGAGUGAAUUUACGUCAUUGGGCUUUGUUAUCAUUGUGUUGUAGCAUAAUAUUACCUCCUUUGAAAUCUAUACGUAAAUAUUUGAUUGGACAUCUUAAACGUUGUGGAAGUGAUUAUAUUACAGAGGAAGGAAAAUUCGCCAGCUUUGCUGAAAAGUGCUUUUUUAAAACUCAUGGUACAAGACGAAGGCAGUGGCCACCAAGUAGAGAAGAAAUACUUUGCACAAUUAACAGAAGACUUUGCUAUGCUAGAUUCAACUUUAUGGAUGGACAAUUUUAUUCAAUAGAGUUUCAUGCUAACUGCACUUCCUCUGAAUUAAUAAGUGUAAUAAAAAAGAAGAUUGGUUUGCAAGAGUCUUCUAUGGGUUAUGGUAUAUACGAAGUUCUUGGUAAUUUUGAGAGAAGUUUACAACCUGAUGAGAAAGUGACAGAUGUUAUGGCGAAGUGGGAAAGAUAUCGCACUGCUUCAAUGCAAGCGCUCUUAAAUGAACCGAAUAAUGCAACAAACUAUCGUUAUCAGCAGCAUAUAUUCUUAUUUAAGAAACAUCUAUUUUUUGAUGGAUUUAUCAAUUUGAAUGAUCCUGUCGAGAAGGAGUUACUAUAUCACCAAAUUCUUCACAAUUUACGUAGCGAACGAUUCCCAAUAACUGAAAUUGAAGCCAUUAUGAUAACAGCAUUACAAGCUCAAUUAGAACAUGGAGACUAUGAGGAAUUUAAUAUUGAUUAUAAAAUCAUUGCUAGUCAUUGUUUGCCACCGAGAUUUGUACCAAAUAUUCCCCAUGACGCUGUAGCUAUGCAUCAUCAAAGUCUUAGAGGAAUGCUACCCGCAGAAACAAAAAAAUCAUUCCUUAACUUAAUACAAAGUUGGCCGCUACAUCGUUCUACUAUAUUUGAUGUGAUGCAAACAUUUACCUCUAACUGGCCCAGAGUUCUAUGGCUUGCUGUCGAUCAGAAUGGAAUUCAUUUAUUAGAGCAUCGGUCUAGAAAUGUUCUGUGCUCCCACUAUUUUGACUCUAUUAUAUCAUAUUCACCAAAUGUAAAUUCAAUCAUGAUUAUCACUGGGUCGGAAGUAAAACAAUCAAAAGUUAUACUUAGUACUUCACAGGCUUUUCAAAUUGCAACACUAAUAAAGGAAUAUUUAGAACUUCUGAAAAAUAAACCGAAGUAAUCGGCAUAAAAGCUAAAUAUACAUUUAUUAACUUAAUCAAUGUGUUCAUAACCAAAAAGUGUAUUUCUUAUUUAUAAAGUAUGCACUUAAAAGCUUUUUGAUAAAAAAAUUUUGUUUAAAUUAGUAAUAUUAAUAUUACUAACAAUUUAUUAGUAAUUACGUGUUAACUGUCUAUUUUGUAUCGAUUAAAAAUAC